UCUAAUGAUCUAUCGAGUUCAUGAGCUUCCCCUCUAAUGGCUUCCUCAAUCGAUUCUGCAUCAAAACUUUUCAGAUGGUUUGUUUCUAUAAAGCUUUCGAUUGAAACCAAUUAUGACUGGUGGCCGGAAAUGAUGACGUGUGAUGGAGAGAGCCAUGUUAUGCAGGGUUUCCUCCAUGACAUAUUUAAAACCUCCAAGGAGAAUGGUGAUUCUAAAGAUAAGGUAGACCGGUCUACCGUGGAGCUGAAGCUCUAAGCAUAAUGAAUCUAUCUUCCACUUCAAGAGCUUCUUUCAGCCACAAUAAAACCGGGAGUUGUUGAUUUUCUUGCAUUCAGUGGAGUUUGCAAGUCAUUCAGCAAAGUUUGCAAGUCACUCAGCGGAGUUUGCAAGUCAAAUAUCUAGAUUUGCUAGCUGGGUUUGUAAACUAUACUAUUUAACAACGGAGUUUGCAAGUCAUAAAUGUUAUUUGAAAUUUUUAAUAAAUUAUAUAGAGAUUAAUUAAUAUAGUUGGUUUGUUAUUUAUU